AUGUCGUUUCCACAGGGAGGUGGAUUUCUUGGGAACACCCAGCAGCAGCUUGCGCAGUUGGCGCAGCAACAACAGCAUAUGCAGGCGAGGCAGCAGGCCUUCCAGACACAGCAACAUAAUUUACAACCAUUUCCCAAAUCUCAGCAAGAAUACUUGCAAAAUCUGACGCCUCAACAACUGCAAGCUCUUUUGAAUCAAAAGAGCCAGUCAAUGCAGCCUGGGACACACACGGGUCAAUAUCCUCAGCCAUCCAUGUUAAAUACUCUGAAUCAGGGAAUGCCUAUUCCGGGUUCUUCGUCCGGUGUUACGAAUUCGCAACAAGCUAGUAUGAACAAUGUCAUGCUCGAUAUGGUCAACAAGGCAAAAGCAGGUCUUUUGAACCCCGUCCAGUUAUCUCAUCUGCGCGCAAUUCUCGAACAGCAAUCUUCCCAGUCUAACCAGCAGCCAAUGACACCCAAAGUUAUGAUGCCGGCGAACAUAUCCGCUCCUGGCUCAAUGCCUGCAAUGCAGCGAACAGUGCAAGCAAUGCCUAUGAAACAAUCCAUGAUGAUGCAGAAUCAAGGCACUCCAACAGCAAUCUCUCAAGCUGCACUGAAUCCUGUCAUGGAUGCCUCAAAAUUACAACAGCAACAACAGCAACAAUCGCCACAGCAACAACAGCAACAACCUCAACAGCACCAGACAAAUAUGCUACAAGGACUACAGUUUGUUCAAAAAAUUCAACAGCGCAUCAGCGAAAUUGAGCAGAAGCUGGCGUCGUCGACAAACGAUCUGGAGCGGCAAUCUCUGCUUCACAACCGACAGGAGCUUCAUCGCGUUCAAGCCACUCUCAUUCAGAAAUUAACGCAAGGGUCUCAAAUACAGCAACCAGUUUCAACUUCAUCAAGCCCUUUAAUCGGAGGUCUUUCUAACCCUUUGGUAACAAGCUUCGCUCAAACGAACGUAAACACACCUUCGUCGAAAUCCAGUGUGAAUCUCAUGAACGGCGCAACAAUGAAUAUGCCCUCUGUUCAACCAUAUCGAAUGCAAAACAUACCUACAACUGCACCGAAUGCACCAGCUUCUAAUGUGUCUCUUUCACCGGAGCAGUUUAAACGUGCGUUGAUGGAUCUCAUGCACCGCCAUGGGAAAGCUAUUCAGAUGAAUCCAGUUGUUAAUGGGCGUGAAGUCGACUUGUAUCAACUCUUCACUUUAGUUCAAUCUUUUGGAGGCAGUAAAACAAUAUCUCAAAAUGGGCGAUGGGCGUCUGUGGCUGUUUCACUGGGUUUUGUUUCUAUGAACCAAACACAACUUGUUGCUAUAUCGCUCCAGUUAUCUCAGGUGUAUAAGAACUAUUUGGAACUUUUUGAAGAAGUAUGGAAUCGCGCUCUACUUCAUCAAAUUUCCAUUUCGAACAGUGUGCCAAUGGCCAAGUCCAAUAUAUCUGACUCGUUACAAGCAAAUUCGACAUCGAUGAACCAAAACAGUGCGACUCAAUCGCCUCGCUUCAGUACUUUGAUGCAGAAUCCCUCAAUGCCAGCCACUACACCGAACUCUUUUCUGAGUGAUCAGCUUACACCAAUGCCACCUGCACCCGAGCAUUUAUCUAAUGUGGUGCAACCGCAAACAUCCCAAUUUUCGUCUCCAAUACAACUCUCUGCAAAGGCACCGAACAUGCAUUCUGUUCAAAUGAAGUGGCCAAUAGAUCAGUCGGUGUCAACCCCCGCCCCACAAGCAUCUCAACCACGAUCGACAGAUUUGGGAAAUUUGUCGCAACAAGCGCCCCCAAAUAAAUCAUCGCCAGAGAAACAACGGCAGUCAAGCAUUAAAGUCACUACCAAGAUGCUGGAGGAAGCUCGAUCUCUACUGAACAAGAUAGACUUGAGUCUUUCAAUGUCGCGUCCAAAGCUCCCGAUUAUAGAGAGCAUACAGGAAGAAGAGAAAGCCAUGAUAUUUCAACAAGUGCAGUCAUUGGUACCACUGAAAGCGACAGUUUUGGCUUUACUUCCAGUCUUUUUGGCUAUGACAAAAAAUGUCGAACCUGCAAAACGCGUCAAAAUCAUGAUAUGCAUUUUUGAGGAUCAGUUGGCAUUGCUCCCUCAGAAGCAGUGUAUACUUAAGAUGGCAGAUCUGGAAAAGCUCAAAGUUCAAAUGACUCGCUGUAUUGGGUUUGUCAGGUUAAACGAUGAGAAGUUGGCGCAAAAAAUCAUUGCCAAGACCUUAUCUGCUCAAACUGACCAAGCUAGACCUGAUGAAAGCCAGGAUAACUCCAGAAACGAAACUAGUCCCUUGGAGUCUUCGAAGAAGAAUAGAGUUAACACCCUUACUCCGGGUAAAGCUGAGGAUGAUGACAUUGAAAUCACCGCUGCAAAUAUAAGAACAGGUGGAAAAGAUUUCGGACAUGAUGAGCAGAGCAAUGGCAAAGAUGAAAAAUCAAUCAUCAAUACAGAAGUUUCACCCAAGCUGGUCAACAAAAUGCGAUCUGAUCGUUCUGCUGAUGCAACAGAUCAGGCAGUGCAGAAACUGAUCGGAGAGCAAAAUCGAAACCAAGACUUGUCGAACAGCGCACCAAUUCGAUUCGUUGAGAAAGCAUGGAAGGAGCUAAUAAUGAUCGAGGCCCAAAAUAAAGAAACUUCAAUUAACGCGCGUGAGUUGAAAAAUGGUUUUAACGAUGAAAUCGCUUGGCCGAACGGAAGCUUUGCCUCGUAUGUGUUCGCAGCAAUGAAUUUACCCUAUCCUGUUGGAAAUCAAGGCCAUGAUAAGUUUUUCGAAUUUAACCAGUCAACACCAAAUCAGAGAAACAAGAGCAGUGGAGAAGAACGAUCCAGCGUUAUUCUCGGAAAACGAUCAGGAACAUUGCCUAACUCUAACGAUUCUGACACCGCGCAAGACCUCUGGGGUGAAUCGUUCCCAACCAAUGAAGAGUCUCAACAAAAAAAUAAAAAUUACGAAAAUGAAAAUAGUGACUGGUGGACAAAUGAAAAUUUAUUUAACCUUUAA